AUGGCUACCUACGCCGUCCUCGGUGCCACUGGCAAUACUGGAAACUCGUUAAUUCAAAAUCUCCUCCAGUCUCCAGACGCGAGGGUCCACGCCUACUGUCGCAACAGGACAAAGCUCAUACGGAUACUCCCCAAUGUCGCGGACAACAAAAGAGUCAAGAUUUUUGAAGGGAGCAUCGACGACGUCGACUUGCUCGCCGACUGCAUCCGAGGCACAAAGGCCGUCUUCCUGACCGUAACAACGAACGACAACGUCCCGGGCUGCCGCCUCUCCCAAGACUCGGCCCUGACGGUCAUCCGCGCGCUGGAGAAGAUCAGAGAAGCGUCCGAGGGCCCGGGCGCCACGCCGCUGCCGAAGCUCGUCCUGCUGUCGUCGGCGACGCUCGACGACCAUCUCAACCGCAACAUGCCGGCGUGGUUCAAGCCGAUCAUGAAGACGGCGGCCUCGCACGUGUACGAGGACCUGCGGCAGACGGAGGAGAUUCUGCGCGCGCAGCAGGACUGGGUGUCGACCAUCUUCAUCAAGCCCGGCGGCUUGUCGGUCGACAAGCAGCGGGGCCACAAGCUCAGCUUCGACGAGCAGGAGUCGUUCAUCUCGUACCUCGACUUGGCUGCGGCCAUGAUUGAGGCGGCGGAUGAUCCGGACGGCCUCUACGAUAUGAGGAAUGUGGGCGUCGUUAACACGGGCGGAGGCGCGCAGUUCCCGCGGGGGACACCGUUGUGCAUCACUGUUGGCCUGUUGAGGCACUUUUUUCCGUGGCUGCAUCCUUAUCUGCCAUCCACGGGACCUUCCUGA